GGAAACAAAACACACGCCAGUUCCGGCCAAAAUAACUGGACUGCAGGUUUAUAGCGUGUUGAAAGGAUUAAGGGGGGAUAGGCGAAAGCUCCGACAGAGAGUCAGGAUGGUCUCUACGGUCCAGAACAGCGACGUGAAGCAGAAAAACGAGGACCAGGCAGUGGUUGUCGCGGUGACGUUCGCUGCAGUCUUUGACGCAGAAGCUGAGGAUGACAGAGAUGUCUACAGGUUAGGUGUUGCUCUUCCUUUGCUGCAGGUUCUGCAGAGAGUGAACGAGCGUCUGCUGGAGGAGAACCCUGUCGAACAUCAGCUGUUUGACAUCAUCUUGAUCACUACUGAGACCCGGCAGCAGCAGCAGAGCUCCAGCAUCAUUACCAGCACCAGACAUCACGGUCUAGAAGUCGGCAGGUUUUGCUUUUCGAGCGAAGAUGACUUCAUCGAGAGUCUCGCGCAGAAUAAUGUUCAGCUCUUCUUAACCACCGACGGAAACGAAGCGUUGCGGGCGACACAGCAGGGAGUUCCCUCAGCUCUGCUAGAUAAGAACUCCGCUUCCUGUCCGUCGGACCAGCUCAGAGUGGUACUCUGCCAGGAUGCUACCAUCCAACCCGAUGCAGACUCAUCGGGAGCAAGCAAAAAAUCUGCUCAGAGCUUUUUAACUCGGCUGGGCCAGAUUCGGCAGAAGUUCGGUAUGUUCAACAGCCCUCUCUGCUUCACCAUCGUGACGUCAUGCGGCGGCAAAGACAGCUGCUGCAGCGCCCUAAAGUCACUGCGGUCCCUCGGCGUCAGUGUGGACGAAGCAUACUGUCUGGGCGGGGCCCCGCGUGGCCCCAUCCUGUCAAUACUCCGACCUCACUUCCUGCUCAGCGAUGGAUUCAGUCAGCUGGAGGGUUGAUUGCUUCAUCGUUUGGACUUCACAGAAAUCCUAAAUGCAAAAGUCUUUAAAUAACGCUGUUUUGCAAGAACGUUUUGUGAAUAGCAUGUAGAUCAACACUGGACAGUCACUGACGCCCAAAACGGGAUGAAAUACAAAGCAGGUUCAACACAGCUGAACUGGGCAAACGUUGAAAUGUGUGCAGUGUUGCUUUGCAAAACCUUAAUCUCCACUCAGGGAAGAAUACUGGCUGUCAUAUGAUUUUGUUAACUCUGCAGAGGAACAGUAGAUGUGUUUGCUAUUAGUCUAAGAAAGGUGUUGCAGAUAGUUACAGGAAGCUCUUAAACUUCACCAUUUUUAUUUUAUUUUAUUUUUACAGCAAGUGGUAAAAACGCAAUUAGAAAGGUUUGUUUUGUUUUCAUAUUAAAAAUUCAGAAUACUAAGCUACAUCCAAGAGGGCCAGUUUAACGGCCUUCUUGGUAGAUUGAGAUCAAAUCUGUAAACCUAUCCUGUUCAUUCUCCACUACCAACAUCAACUCUUCUGCUAUUGUUGGAACUAUUGAUGAAUGACUUUCCUUCCUGUAGCCAAUCUGCAGCUUCUUGGUGUUGCAAAGCAGAAUACAGCUCUGUGACUAAUCAUGUUUCUAAGUAUAUAAGUAUAUUUGGCACAUUCUGGGUUAUAUUUUUGCCAAAUGUCAUCAAAAUGAAAUUUCAAGCUAAUUUUGCAUCCGACUUGUGAUCUUAAUGGAGGUUGGCAGAAAUUCAGAACAUUUACAUUUUGACCAAUAAGUCUUGGUACUUUUAAAAGGCUUGUUAAAAUGUGAGAAAUGAUGUCAAAAUAUUGUUUAAUAUGAUAAUGCAGACGUCAACUUUGUUAUAAACGUGAACCUAUUUCAUAAAGAUAAAAUAAAGCAGGAUGUCCUGAU